AUGAAGCAGUUCCUGACUCUCUGCGCUGUGUUUUCCCUGGCUGGCACUGCGGCGGCAGAGAGGUCAUCGUGCCUGAAGCAUGCAACAUUUGCUUCCACAAACUUAGAGAACAUCCUGACGUGGGAAACUGAAGCACAGAUCCCCCCUGGCACCGUGUUUGAUGUCCAAUACAAGCAGUAUGGAGACAAAACCUGGCUGAGCAAGCCCGAGUGCCAGGGCAUCACAGAGCCCUUCUGCAACCUCACUCGGGAAACAGAGAACUUCACAGAGCAUUACUACGGCAGGGUGAGGGCCACCGGCCAGAGCUGCUCCUCCAGCUGGGUGCGCUCCGAGCGCUUCGAGCCCCGCAAAGAGACUGCUAUAGGAGCCCCAGGAGUGAGAUUUGUUCCUUCUGUCCGGUCCAUCAAGUUCCUCAUACAGCCUCCCUACACCCCCCUGCGGGGUGAGGGUGGUCACCAGCUAACUGUGGAGGACAUCUACAGCAAAUUUGGUCCUGUUGAUUAUCACUUAACCAUAGUUAACCCAAGGACACACCAAAAGUGGACAAAGAGUGAGCACGAGAAGGAGUUUGAAGUUUCCAACUUGGAGCCUGACACUGAGUACAAUGGAACAGUCUACAUCUGCCUCUUCCAGAAGAGAAGCAAAGCUCAGCUCUUCUGGGUCAGAACACAGGCAGACCACACUUGGCUUCUCUACUGCUUCUUGGCACUGGCCUUCUGUGCUGGCUUGGUGUUUGCUGCCAUCAGCUACGUGAUCUACAAAUACAUCAAGCAGCAGAGUGCCCAGCCCACGUCUUUGGACUUCAGGGGGAUUUCACCAUUCCAGCCUCUUACACUGACAGUGGAGCACAUCAUCAAGCCCAUCAGUUUACCCAAAUCUUCACUCCUCUUCCCUGAAGUGCAGUUCCCACACAUCAGCCAUCAGCUGGACAGAGCACUGGAGCCACCAUGGUCUCUCCAUCCCCCAGCAGGUGCCUAUCAGCAGCAGAUGGAUGUGCCCACGCUGCAGCCACCCUGCCUGGCAAGCACAGCUCCCACUUGCUAUGCUCCUCAAAGAGGUGAGCAAAGUGUCCCUGCUGCCAGCCCCAGCAAGAUUCUGUCCCUUGCCUAUGGGAUGUGUGUGGAGAGCUCCGACCACAGCGACCAGAAGAGUUCAAAGCCAAAGCAAAUGCCGAAGGAAGUUUCUCCAGGUGGAAAUCUAAGCGAGGUGCUGGAUGAGAGCUGCAGCCAUUGGAAUUACAAAGGGCAGGCACCAGCCUGGGCAGCGUUGAUCAGCAGCGACACAAGAGAGUCAAUCUGCUGGCCAGGGCAGAGCGAAGGGGGGGCAGGCAGCGAGCACACAGCCAGGCUGUCGCUGGCCCUGCUGGAACAGGGAGGAUGCUACAGACAGCAGCCAGUGACAGCUGACACAGACUGCCUGAGGGGGCAGGAGUCGCUAUCAGCUCUCCUCUCCUCUGUCAGCACCAGGAGCCCCUGCCCUGGAGAGGACAGCACAGAGCAGUGGCUGCUGUCACAGUCACAGCCCGCACAGCUCCCAGGGACUCGAGAGGCAGCCAAGCUAAGGGCAGCAGAGGAGCUGAGCAGUGCUGAGCCCCAGGACGCUGGCUCAGCCGGGGACAGUGACACUCUCCUCACUAUGUUCUUCAAGGACCUGAACUUGACUGUGGUGUGGGACUAG